AUGAUGAGUACAAACCAAGACAUCGUCACAACGGCGACGGCUCCACCUAUAUUUCCUCUACCACCGGGCGCCAGUAAUAACAAUAAUAAUGGCGAGUUGGCUGCUAUCGUCGAUUUGGAAAGAGCACAAAAACAAAUUGGUUUGAUGAGACAACAACCAGCUUUCAUUCAAGCUGUUUUGGAUGGAACUAUCACUACAAAAGUGGAACCAAGCCCUGAUAUCACUCAGAUUUUACAGGCUAUCCAAGCGUUCCAAGCCAAUGCCUCAUUCCCAGGUCUGAGUGCAAUUCCAUUCCAACUGGAUCCAUCAGCCAUUUCAACAGUUUUCAAUCCAUCACUGGUCAAAGAAGAACCUUGUAAAUCGUCGAGUUCAUCUCCAAGUUCUACAUCAACAGCUGCAUCUUCCUCUAGUGGAACUGUUAUGAGCAUACCUUCUCUUAUGAAUGAACCAGAAUACAAACCAAGAAACAUUCGAGAGAAAGUGUAUGCAGAUGGGUUCAUUAUGUCAUUUGAUAAGAAAUCUUGCUGUGGAACAAAGUAUUUUUGGAGAUGUGAACGGAAGAAUGAUUGUAAUGCCAGAAUGCAUUCGGAUAUUGUAACAAGAGAGAUAGUCAGAAAGUUGCAUCCACACAACCACGAUAAACCAUCUCCUGAAGAAUUGGCUUUCUAUGAACAAGAUUUCUCAUUGCUUGAUCCAAACUAUUGCCAUCCAGUCAAAAGUAUCAAUCGCUCAUACAUGCAACGAAAACUCAGCAAAGCUUCGAAUGUCAAUCCCCAAAUUGUUCAAUUGUGUUCCCAAUUACCAGAUCCAAUGGAGAUAGACACAAGACAAUUCCAACAGACGAACAGUUUAAUGCUUUUUGGAACAAUUGCUGCCGCGGCUGCUGCAUCAUCUGGAUCCAGUCCACCAACUAUUGGUCAGAAAAGACUUUCCACAAACUGUGUUCCAAUAAAAAUGAAAUCACCACGAAAAAAAGAAGAAGAUCCUGCUGAAAGUACAAUAACAGCAGAAGAGUUGCGAAGCGUUUAUGAUAUCACGAAAAGAAUCAUGAAAAUGAUGAAACCAGUUACUGAAAUCGGAGUCAGAUGGCAAGGUGAUCAAGACGCUCUUCUCAUCUAUCUUUCUCAUGAUAACGGAGCAGAAGAUAGUGUUUUCUUUCCGGUUGUCGUGAUUAGCAAAGAUACGAAAUCAUUGAUGACAGCUGUCGAAGGAUUCACCGGAAAACGAUGCGAAGGAAAAAUCACACUUUGUCUAUCACCAAAAGUGCAUAUUCUUAUGCAUGAUGCGCUCAUCAGCAAUUGGACGCACGGAAAACUUUUUCUCGUCAACUCGAACUCUCCAGAUUUUUGGCGUCUAACGCCCGUCGACGCUUUCGGCGAUAUAUUGAUCCAAAUGUGA